GGUGAAAUAUAAUAAAUGGGACAGCUGGGAGCAGGCACGCAGGAGAUGGUGAUGCAGUGCUUGAUAUCUGCCUAUCAUGCAGAUAUUUUGGAAAUAUCUGGCACUGUAUAUCUAUGCGGCGCACCAGGACCCGAAAAGGUUCACGAAGGAACCGAUGUCACAAGUGAAAAUGUUAAAAAAGGACCACACAGAGUUUUGUGUUGGAUGAAGUCUGAGGAAGCAUGGCCACGUCACUCUGGCACUGUCCCACUGGACGCAUCUUCAUCAUCCAAAACAAUCUCGCCCUCGCUUUCUUUCGUUAUCCUCUGCCUCUCGCCGUUCUCUUCUUCCUUCACGUUUACCUCAAUGGCGAGUUCGCUCUCUUUCGCCUUUCACGCCUCUUAUCUCCCGCCACCCUCGCCCUCCUCUUCUACUCCUGCUUCUUCCUCCACUCUCUGUCUUCCCUCUUCAUCUACUCAUUUUCUGAGGCAAUCCAGCAAGUCCUUAGCUUUCUUCAGUCCAUCUCAGAUACUCAGAUGCACUGCUGUUGCGCCCAGAACCAGAAGAAACCAUGCAGGUCGGCUCCUUGUUCGUAUGUCCUGGGAUGGACCCCUCUCUUCCGUGAAAUUGAUCACGCAGGCAAAAAAUGUUGAGUUGGCGGAUUCGGUAAAGCAGCACGUGGAGGAGAAAGUCGGGAAGGCGGUUCAGAACCAUUGUCACUUGGUGAGGGAGGUGGAUGUAAGGUUAUCCAUCCGAGGAGGAGGAGAAUUUGGGAAAGGACCCCUCACCACAAGAUGUGAGGUAACUUUGUUCACGAAGCGGCAUGGAGUGGUGCGGGCAGAGGAAGAAGCAGAGACUAUGUACGGGAGUAUAGAUUUGGUAUCCUCAAUCAUUCAGAGAAAGCUGAGGAAGAUAAAAGAAAAGGAGUCAGAUCAUGGUCGCCACAUGAAGGGCUUCAACAGGUUGAAAGUCAGGGAGCCUGUAACUCCUUUGCCCCUCGAUGACACAGAGGCAGAGACAGACACGCCUCCCCGACAGGAGGAAGAAUUCAUUGAUGAGGUUGUCCGUACAAAAUACUUUGACAUGCCGCCGUUGACUGUGAGCGAAGCAAUUGAGCAGCUGGAAAAUGUUGAUCAUGACUUCUAUGGCUUCCGAAAUGAAGACACUGGGGAGAUAAAUAUAGUGUACAGAAGGAAAGAAGGAGGUUAUGGACUCAUCAUCCCCAAAGCAGACGGCAAGGCGGAGAAACUGGAAUCUAUGGUAGUUGAAACAGCCAGAGAACCCUCCCUCUCAGAAUGAAUUGCACUUGUGAGAACUUUUUGAAACGACUGUAGAGCUUGUACAUGAUUUGCGGAUACCAGCUAUGCCUCUGAUCUGAGCAAAGCCAACUUUGAUUCAGGUUUCAGUUUUGUCGAGGGUAAACCAAGUUCCCAAAUAUAUGGUGUGAUCUUCAAUAGCUUGGUGUUGCAAAAUGAUAGAGGCACCAUCUCUCAUCCCGUAACGUUGAGAAUUGAACUUGACACUGCUAUAAGCAUUCUGCAGAAUAUUGGGUUCACUUCCCCUUCGUUAGACAUUAGAAAGUACAUAAUAAAAGUUGAUGAGUUAAUUAACACGUAAAGUAUAGUUUUCCGGCAGGUAUGCCAAGAUAAUUGGGGUUUGAGCAAAUGUAUUAUGAAUUAUCAAAGCGAAAGAAAAGGAUCGUAAAACACUACACAAUCGUCAUUCUGACCACCCUCUUUGGGAGAUAGUCCAUGAUAUCAAGUGCCUCCUGACUGGCUCCAUGGAAGUUUCCCUUAAACAUGCAUAUAGGGAGCACUUGAUUUGCGUAGAUCUCAUAGCUAAGAGUGCACAAAAUGCUGCUGCCCCUUUUAUUUUGUUUGAUUCUGUUAUUCCUGAAUGUGCCCCUCAGUUUGCACGAGAGAGUAACUAGAACUCUGAAUGUGCCCCUUUUAUUUUGUUUGUAAAAUAAAACACAACUCCACUAGCAGCUUGCCAGUGCA